GGCGGAGAGGGUCAGGAAAGCAGGAAGAGAGGAGCGCGCCUUCACGUGACAGGGGCGGGACCGGCCAGCCGAGAUCCGGUCACGUGGGGGACACGCUGCCCGCCAAUCAGGAGGCGGGACAGCGGGGCGGGGGCGGGAGGAGCUGCGGCUUUGUGAUUGGCGGGAUGCACCGCGGGGGCCUCGGGGGUUUGGGGCGUCGGGGAGUGCGCGAGGUGGCCGGGGCUGUGUGCCUUGGUGAAGACAAAGCGGUGGCCGAGGUGGCUGUGGCGGAGGCAGCAGAGCGGCCCUGAACGCCAGAUUUCGUGGCGCCGGGUCCUGUCAUCCUCACAUCCUGCGCGGCGCGCGGGCGGUCGCGGCGGCGGCGGCGGCAGCAGCGGCGACAGCGGCGGCGGCGGCGGCGGCGGCGGCAGCACAUGGUUCCAAGAGCGCGCUGCGGUUGUCGGGUUCCAAUUCCGCGGGGAGGGGACAAAGGCUGCUGCGAGCUCCGGGCAACGCCUGCUCGGGUGGUGCGCUCGCCACUGCCCUGAAAGCUGGGACUGAGCCUGCCUGGGAGGCGGCGGCCCCGGGGACCGAGGCCCGGGCAGGGCCCGAGAGCCUGCAGACGCUGUCCGAGGCGCGAGGGGGAGGGGCGCUGGCGUCCUGAGGCCGUUCGCGCGGGGAGAUUGUGAGGUUUAUCCGGGCGUUGUGAGGUAAUUGGGCACACCAGCCAGAGGAGACUGUGGCCGGGCCGCAAGCUGGGUGUGUUCAGGCUUUGAAAGAGAGAGAGAGAGAGAAAAACAACAACCAAGACGGUCAGCCACCACCCGAGAGCUCUUUCAUUUGGGAGGUGGUGAAGCCGGAACGAGCACCCGAGCACCAUUGAACACUUCGUCGACGUGGCGUUCGCCGAUUUAGGGCCUGUCUAAAGAUUCCGACCGUCCUGGUGGCGAAGACAUGAGUGAGCGUUCAGUGUUAGGACAGAAAUUUCCAGAUUGCUAAGUCUUCGUCGCUGAAAAUUUAGGAGAGAAGAAAAAAAAAAAAACCCACCUCGAAGACCGCGAAGAUGGAGCGGUAAUAGGCUCCCUAAUCAAGAACCAGCCACAUUUGAUUCAAAUCAUUGGAAUCGAGCGAUCGAAACUUAACCCCAGCAGCUCCUUCGGCUACCAGUUUAUGACGUAAAGUUCCUUCCAAAAUAUUACAUCACAAUCAUCGAGAAUAUUCAAGUAUGCUUCAAGAAGAGGUCAAUUGCCAUUUAAGACAGCUCUGAGCAUAUUUUCGGUAGAUACUAGGUAGCCUGAAGGUGCACCACCUCAACCUUCCCUGGAAGAAAUCCCAGCAAAAAUCUGUAUUCUAAUCAAGUGUUAUUUCCCAGUUAGUGGGUGAAAGACUGAAGACCCCAUUGCCGUCAUGGCCUUCACAAAUUACAGCAGUCUGAAUCGAGCUCAGCUAACCUUUGAAUAUCUGCACACAAAUUCAACUACUCAUGAAUUCUUGUUUGGUGCUCUUGCUGAACUUGUUGACAAUGCAAGAGAUGCUGAUGCCACCAGAAUAGAUAUUUAUGCAGAAAGGCGAGAGGAUCUUCGAGGAGGAUUUAUGCUUUGCUUUUUGGAUGAUGGAGCAGGAAUGGAUCCAAGUGAUGCUGCCAGUGUGAUCCAGUUUGGGAAGUCGGCCAAACGCACGCCGGAGUCCACCCAGAUCGGGCAGUAUGGGAAUGGGCUAAAAUCGGGCUCAAUGCGCAUUGGGAAGGAUUUUAUCCUUUUCACCAAGAAGGAAGACACCAUGACCUGCCUCUUUCUGUCUCGUACCUUCCACGAAGAGGAAGGCAUUGAUGAAGUGAUCGUCCCAUUGCCCACCUGGAACUCGCGGACCCGGGAACCUGUCACAGAUAACGUGGAGAAGUUUGCCAUCGAGACAGAACUCAUCUACAAGUACUCUCCCUUCCGCACUGAGGAGGAAGUGAUGUCCCAGUUCAUGAAGAUUCCUGGGGACAGCGGAACACUGGUGAUCAUCUUCAAUCUCAAACUCAUGGAUAACGGAGAGCCAGAGCUGGACAUCAUCUCCAACCCAAGAGAUAUCCAGAUGGCAGAGACCUCUCCAGAGGGCACGAAGCCAGAGCGGCGCUCGUUCCGUGCCUAUGCUGCUGUGCUCUACAUCGAUCCCCGGAUGAGGAUCUUCAUUCACGGACACAAGGUGCAGACCAAGAGGCUCUCCUGCUGCCUGUACAAGCCCAGGAUGUACAAGUACACGUCAAGCCGUUUCAAGACCCGUGCAGAGCAGGAGGUGAAGAAGGCAGAGCAUGUAGCUCGCAUUGCUGAAGAGAAGGCCCGGGAGGCAGAGAGCAAAGCUCGGACAUUAGAAGUGCGCCUGGGUGGAGACCUCACCCGGGACUCCAGGGUGAUGUUACGACAGGUCCAGAACACAGCCAUCACCCUGCGCAGAGAAGCCGAUGUCAAGAAGAGGAUCAAGGACGCCAAGCAGCGAGCACUGAAAGAACCUAAGGAGCUGAAUUUCGUUUUUGGGGUCAACAUUGAACACCGGUACCUGGACGGGAUGUUCAUCUACAACUGUAGCCGUCUGAUCAAGAUGUAUGAGAAAGUGGGGCCACAGCUGGAAGGGGGCAUGGCCUGCGGUGGGGUUGUGGGGGUUGUUGAUGUGCCCUAUCUGGUCCUGGAGCCUACACACAACAAGCAGGACUUUGCGGAUGCCAAGGAGUACCGACACCUGCUGCGGGCAAUGGGCGAGCACCUGGCGCAGUACUGGAAGGACAUUGCCGUUGCCCAACGAGGAAUCAUCAAGUUCUGGGAUGAGUUUGGCUACCUCUCUGCCAACUGGAACCAGCCCCCAUCCAGUGAGCUGCGUUACAAACGCCGGAGAGCCAUGGAAAUCCCGACCACCAUCCAGUGUGAUUUAUGUUUGAAGUGGAGGACCCUCCCCUUCCAGCUGAAUUCCGUGGAAAAAGAUUACCCUGACACCUGGGUUUGCUCCAUGAACCCUGAUCCUGAGCAAGACCGAUGUGAGGCUUCUGAACAGAAGCAGAAGGUCCCCCUGGGGACUUUCAAAAAGGACCUGAAAACACAGGAGGAGAAGCAGAAGCAGCUGACGGAGAAAAUCCGCCAGCAGCAGGAGAAGCUGGAGGCCCUCCAGAAAACCACACCUAUCCGCUCCCAAGCUGACCUGAAGAAAUUGCCCUUGGAAGUGACUACCAGACCUUCCACUGAGGAACCUGCGCGUAGACCUCAGCGUCCUCGGUCACCCCCUUUACCUGCUGUGAUCAAGAACGCCCCGAGCAGACCUCCUUCUCUGCAACAGCCCAGACCAGCCAGCCAGCCCCGAAGGGCCCCUGUCGCCAGCAACGCUCCAAAGCCUCCUGCUGUAGCAGCCCGGGAGGAGGCCAGUACAUCCAGGGUGUUCCAGCCACCGGAGGCACCUCGAAGGCCUGCAAAUACUCUGGCCAAGACCGUGCCCCGGCCUGCCCCUGUGGGUCAGCCACAGCCACCAUCUGCGCUGCCCAACGCGAAGACCCCUCGGGAAGUCCCUGCUCCCCGAGCUGUCAGAACUCCAGUGGUCAAGAAGCCAGAGCCACCCACUAAACCGUCCUCGGCUACCCCUGGUCGGAAGCGCAGCCUUGGGGUUUCUGAUGAGGAUGAAGCCGAGGAGGAGGCUGAGAGGAAGAAGGAGAGGUGCAAGCGGGGCAAAUUUGCAGUGAAGGAGGAAAAGAAGGACUCCAAUGAGCUCUCAGACAGUGCUGGGGAAGAGGACCCGGCUGACCUCAAGAGGGCUCAGAAAGAUAAAGGCCUACAUGUGGAGGUGCGUGUGAAUAGGGAGUGGUACACAGGCCGUGUCACAGCCGUGGAGGCGGGCAAACAUGCGGUGCGGUGGAAGGUGAAGUUUGACUACGUGCCCACAGACACAACACCGAGAGACCGCUGGGUAGAGAAAGGCAGUGAGGAUGUGCGGCUGAUGAAGCCCCCUUCCCCCGAGUACCAGAGCCCCGACACACAGCAGUUGGGUGGGGAGGAAGAAGAGGUGGUGGUGGCCCAGCAGGCUGUAGCAGAGCCCUCUACUUCGGAGUGCAUCCGCAUUGAGCCCGACACCACUGCACCGAACACCAACCAUGAGACCAUUGACCUGCUCGUCCAGAUCCUUCGGAAUUGUUUACGUUACUUCCUGCCUCCGAGUUUCCCCAUCUCUAAGAAGGAGCUGAGUGCUAUGAAUUCAGAUGAGCUGAUAUCUUUUCCUCUGAAAGAGUACUUCAAGCAGUAUGAAGUGGGGCUUCAGAACCUGUGUCAUUCCUAUCAGAGCCGUGCUGAUUCGCGGGCCAAGGCCUCCGAGGAGAGCCUGCGCACCUCUGAGAAAAAGCUCCGGGAGACAGAGGAGAAGCUGCAGAAGCUGAGGACCAACAUCGUGGCACUCCUGCAAAAGGUGCAGGAGGACAUAGAUAUCAACACAGAUGACGAGCUGGAUGCCUACAUCGAAGACCUCAUCACCAAGGGGGACUAAAGGGCUGGGAGCCAGGCACCAGCUCCCCUACUUACCUGCCCCUCAACACAGCAGCUUCCUGGGGGUGGGGGUUGCAUUCAUGUAUUGGUGGACUUACCUUGUUUGACUCAUAUGGGACAUUUGUGCUUUUGGAGGGAAAGUUACUCUUGAUUCUUUGAAUCUUCCUCCCUAAGUUUAUAAAUAUUUAUUUUUUAAAAGAAACAA